AUGAGUGCAUUAAAUGGCACAAGACAUACUUACUUUGUUCUUUCAGGUCUUACUGAUAAUCCUAAGCUUCAGAUUCUCCUUUUUGUCUUAUUUUUGAUAUUUUACAUGGUUACAUUGCUGGCUAAUAUUGGCAUCAUGAUAACCAUCAGAGGAGACCCUAAUCUUCAUACUCCCAUGUACUUUUUCAUAAAUAACCUUUCUUUCUUAGACCUUUGUUACUCUACUGUCAUAACGCCAAAGAUGUUAGACACCUUCCUUUCGGUCACAAAGAAUAUUUCAUUUGUUGAAUGUAUAAUGCAGAUGUACCUGUUCGGCGCCUCAGUUAGCCUUGAGUGUUUCUUGCUAGGGAUAAUGGCUUAUGAUCGCUAUGUUGCAAUCUGCAACCCACUGUUGUACAUGAUAAUAAUGAAGAAGACAUUCUGCAGGCAACUUGUGGGCUUUGCUUACCUUGGGGGUUAUCUUAAUGCAUCGAUUCAUACAUCAUACACUUUCCAACUACCAUUCUGCAGAAGCAAUAAAAUAGACCACUUCUACUGCGAUGUCCCACCACUUCUAAAGCUCUCUUGUACUGAUACCACCGCAAAUGAGCUUGUGAUGUUCAUUUUUGGAGGUCUUACUGAAAUCGCUUCGCUGGCAACUAUUAUGGUCUCGUAUAGCUAUAUUAUAUCAACUAUAUUAAACAUCAAUUCCCAGCAAGGUAGGAAGAAAGCAUUCUCUACUUGUACUUCCCACCUUAUGACGGUGGGCAUAUUCUACAGUACCAUUGUCUUCAUGUACCUUCGACCAUCUUCUAGUUAUGCCAUGAGCCAAGACAAAAUUGCUUCUGUGUUCUAUACUGUUAUUAUUCCCUUGCUUAACCCAUUAAUUUAUAGCUUAAGAAAUAAGGAGGUCACAAGAGCUCUGAGUAACACAGAGUCAAGAAAUAGAACAAAUGGAAAAUUAUAA